GGGAGGGGGUUUGGGUAUUUUUGAGGGAGUGACAUACAGUAUUUACAUCACACAGUACUGACAGUAACAUAGUAUUGGUAUUGUUUUAUAUGACUAUAUGGAGUGUGCGGUGUCGAUGUAAUGACCAUCGCAUUUGAUGUAGCGCCUGAUCGCAUCGUUGAUAAGUUGACCAAUUCAGAUUUUACUAUGACGGACAAGACGUUGAUAGUGUCCGCACCAGGGAAGGUUAUUCUGCACGGAGAGCACGCAGUGGUUCACGGAAAGGUGGCGCUCGCAGUCAGCCUAAACCUGAGAACCUAUCUUCAGAUAGGUCUGUGCUCUAACGGAAGGGUACAAAUAAAUCUACCAAAUAUUGACACCUGCCUGAGCUGGGAAUCAGCUGCCCUCCAGUUCCUGCUCACAACAAUUGAUGCCGAUGUCCUGAAUCCAAAGGCUGCAAGUCAGGAGCAGGUGGAUAAACUGCGACAGUUUGCAGGAAUUCCAGAUGGUUGUGUGGACACCAGGAGCCUCGCAAUCCUCUGUUUCCUCUAUUUAUAUGGUGCUAUCUCAGCCAGCUCCAGGCAGCUACCAAGCAUGGAAAUUCUGGUUUGGUCUGAACUGCCCACAGGAGCUGGGUUGGGAUCAAGCGCUGCGUAUUCAGUGUGCCUGGCAGCAGCCCUGCUGACUGCUAAUGAGUCCAUUGCCUGCCCUGUUCCGGAGGAAAACGGCACAGUCAGAUGGGCUGAGGACGAACUGGAACUGAUCAAUAAGUGGGCCUUUCAGGGAGAGAAGCUAAUCCACGGCAACCCUUCAGGGGUGGAUAAUGCUGUUGGAACUUGGGGGGGAGCACUGAAGUAUCACGCCGGCAAAAUUAUGCCUUUAAACAGAAUACCCACCCUAAGAAUACUGCUUACUAACACAAAGGUCCCAAGAAGUACAAAAACACUGGUAGCAGGAGUGAAGGACAAACUGAAUAAGUUCCCAAGUAUAAUCGGACCCAUCCUGAAUUCUAUCGAUGCCAUUUCAUGUGAGUGCGAACGCACUCUGGCUGCUAUAGUAGCUGGAGAUUCUACAGAGGAGUCCUACGCAGUGCUGGAGGAACUGAUUGACAUUAACCAGCAUCACCUGAAUGUGAUCGGCGUGGGUCAUUCUUCUUUGGACCGGCUCUGCCAGGCGACUGCAUUGCACAGCCUACACAGCAAGCUGACCGGAGCAGGUGGUGGUGGAUGUGGAAUAACGCUGCUCAGACCAGAUACAAGUCCUUCAGUGGUGGAGGCAUCUAAACGGGCCCUAAAUGACAUGGGGUAUGAUUGCUGGGAAACUAAUAUCGGCGGGCAUGGGGUGUCCCUGCAUUCACCUUCCUCCUUGCAAAGGGACGUGUCUCAACUACUGACGCGACUGACUGACUGCCAGUGAAGAGACAAAUGUUACCACGUUAACCAUUUGCACACUUGGCACAUCCCAGGUUUCUGUCAGUGUUCCAGAGAUUUGAUCAUCCUUUCUCCCUUCCCUAAGGAGCACUUGCCAUUUGCCUUUGUCUGUAAUAUAUCUGUACGCUGCAUUUCACUACGAGAAUUGUGACAUUUAUUUUUCCAGGGGGUGGGUGAGAGGAAAGAGGUGAGAAGGAGAAUGAAUGCAGGACAGGACUGAUACACAGGCUGAUGUAUUCUGUGAAGCGCUUUGAGAUGUCUCAACAAUGAUAAGGUGUUUCAUGAAAUGCAAAGAUUAUUAUUAUGAGGGGUCUUCAUUUGCACACUGGGCUGAAUUUGCACUGUGUUCUGCAGAUAUACAUUUUAAACUCAUUCGGAUCAAGCAACCAAGAUUUAUUUAUUUAUAAUUUCACUAUGCUGAAAUUAUGCAAUUCAUUCACUGCAUCAACUUUGACUUUUUAAUGGAAGUUGGUUCUACUAACAGAAAAUAUAUAUUGUUCAUUUCAGUGGGGUCCGGUCCAACAAAAUCAGUAAAUAACUCACAAAAAUUACUGGUCAUUCAAUUUGGGGCUAUUUGUAGGGCAUUGCUGUGCACAAAUUGACUGCAAUGUUGACCUACAAAUUCACAGUCACUACACUUUACAUAAAACUUUGAAAAGCUUGGAUGUUAUAAAGCUCUGAAUUAAAUGCAAAGAUUAUUAUUAAUAAAGAGUGAGCCCUAGUAAGUGCUGUGAUAUAUACUUUAAAUCAAAGAAUUGUUGUGGAUUGGUUUUUUAUCCUUUUAUAAUCCUAAUAAUAAACUAGAUUAUAACCU